AUGGCUAUCACUGAACUGGUGAGGGCUACACGUUCACGUACUGCACUUUCCAAUGUCACUAAUACUAAGACAGUAAGUGAAGAAAUUCAACAAAGCUUAACUCAUACAUUAUUGAAGACUAGCAAUCGAGGUUUGCUAAUGAAGAUAAAAUAUAUUCCAAAUAAGGAGGAUAAUCCUCAGGUUAAUACUUCAUCUCACAUCAUAGUUCAAAAAACAACAAAUAAUAACAAAGUUAGCUACACGUGGGAUGAUUUAGAUAGGGAAGAUUUAAAUGAUCCAUUGAUGGUAAGCGAGUACGUACAUGACAUAUUUCAAAAUUUAUACACAUUAGAAACAGCAUCUCUUCCCAACAAAAAAAAGAUACUUAGAAAUAGAAACAUACGAGAGAACAGAGACAUUCUAGUUAAUUGGCUAGUUGAAGUUCAUUGUAAGUUUGAUUUGUUGCCUGAAACAUUAUAUUUGGCAAUUAAUACCCUAGACAGAUUUCUUUGCGAGGAAAUUGUUGAGAUUUGUCAUUUACAGCUGAUUGGAAUAGCAUGCCUCUUCAUUGCAGCUAAAUAUGAAGAAGUUUAUUCUCCCAGUAUCCAUAGUUUUGCAUUUGAAACGAAUGGUACCUAUACAGUAGAUGAUAUCAAGAGUGCAGAAAGGUAUAUUUUGCAAAUCUUGAAUUUUGACUUGAACUACGCCAACCCGUUAAACUUUCUUAGGCGGCUUUCAAAAGCAGAUAACUAUGAUGUGCAAACAAGGACCUUGGCCAAGUAUAUGUUAGAAAUCACAUUAAUUGACUUCCGCUUUAUUGGCAUAGUGCCUUCAUUAUGUGCCGCAGCGGCAAUGUUCCUGUCCAGAAAAAUGGUAGGGAAAGCGAAAUGGAAUAAUAACCUAAUACAUUACUCUGGUGGAUAUACCAAAAGUCAUAUUGAGAGGGUGUGCAACAUGAUACUGGAGUAUCUUGUCGAACCUGUUGUUCAUGCUGAAUUCUAUAAAAAAUAUGCUACAAAGAGUUUUCUACGUGCGUCAGCAAUAUCAUGUGACUGGGCCUUGAAGGUAAAAAGAAAUAAAUUUGAUGUAAUGACAAUUCAUGAAUAA